CUGUCAAUCAAUAGAGCCCUACACGUGAUUGGGCAGCGGGAGGGGCGGGAAGCACGCGCGGAACUAGUCGCUGAUUGGCUGAUGCGCCUGUCAGUCCGGCGGGACGAGCGGGCGGGCUCAGCGCUGAUUGGUCGGGGAGGAACUUCCGCCGGAAGUGGCUCGUGAGGGGACCGGGAGCGGAGCCGGGACCGGGACCGGGACCGGGACCGGGAUCGGGAUCGGGAUCGGGAUCGGGAUCGGGAUCGGGAUCGGGACCGGGAAUCGCGAGCGGCACCGGGAGCCGCAGCCAUGAACAUCCGGAACGCGCGGCCCGAGGACCUGAUGAACAUGCAGCACUGUAACCUGCUCUGCCUGCCCGAGAAUUACCAGAUGAAAUAUUAUUUCUACCACGGCCUCUCCUGGCCCCAGCUCUCCUACAUCGCCGAGGAUGAGAACGGGAAGAUCGUGGGAUACGUCCUGGCCAAGAUGGAGGAGGAUCCCGAUGACGUCCCCCACGGACACAUCACAUCCCUGGCGGUGAAACGCUCGCACCGGCGCCUGGGGCUGGCACAGAAGCUCAUGGACCAGGCGUCCCGGGCCAUGAUCGAGAACUUCAACGCCAAAUACGUCUCCCUGCACGUCCGCAAGAGCAACCGGGCAGCGCUGCACCUCUACUCCAACACCCUCAACUUCCAGAUCAGCGAGGUGGAGCCCAAGUACUACGCGGACGGGGAGGACGCCUACGCCAUGAAACGGGACCUGACCCAAAUGGCCGAUGAGCUGAGGAAGCAGCUGGAGCAGAAGGAGCGGGGCCGGCCCCCCGCCCCCGCCGAGCCCCCCCGGAGUGGGGAUGGGGUCUGCGGCUCGGGGGGCCCCCCCCGCACCCCCCCCCCGGGACCCCACCACGAGGACGGGGGGGGCGACAGCAAAGACGUCAGCGAGGUCAGCGAGACCACCGAGAGCACCGACGUCAAGGACAGCUCCGAGGCCUCCGACUCCGCCUCGUAGCGACCCCCGGGAGACCCCCCAAAAUCCCUGGGACCCCCCCCCG